UUUUCUUGUAGUAUGUACUUUAGCACGGUGAACUUUGCCGUUAGCAUUGAGUUAGGUUAUCUCCUAAACAGGAUUUCUUUGGGUGUGAAUGCAGGAGCCAGGUUGGUUUUAUUAAGGAUGUGAGUGAGUGAACAGUGAGUCAAGAAGAUGAGGAAAUUGCCCAGCUGUUGACGUCGGAGGGGUGAUUUCCUUUAUUUCGCAGGUCAGGCAGUUAUCUUGAUUGUUUUUGGAGGAACUUGACAUGUUGGAGCACUCACUGAGGGAUGUGCACGUCGUAGACAGCUGCGCUCUGUGAAGCUGCCUAAAGGUUAUUUAUUGUUGGUUUUCAACACGAAACCUAACUCUUCACGAGUUUGUUUUUUUGGAGGGGGGGGGGGACAAAAUGUUGGAAAGGUGGUCACGUUAUUUCACCGCGGAGGGUGAACUUUUUCACGGAAAGAGUCGGUAUACUUCGGCAGCGGUUGCUGUCGUCCUCCUGGGUUUGUUUGCUUCGUCUUGCUGGGCAGAGGAGGCGUCCUGCCACGGAGCCUACGACCUCUACUUUGUUUUAGACAAGUCUGGAAGCGUCUCUAAUGACUGGUUCGAGAUUUACUCAUUUGUGAAGAACCUUACAGACAGAUUUGUGAGCCCCAGAAUGAGAGUGUCAUUCAUCGUUUUCUCGGCCAAAGCAACAGUCCUGCUGCCCCUGACUGGAGACAGAUACAAGAUAGAAGAGGGUCUAAAGGCCCUGCGGGCCGUGGUACCGGCAGGUGAAACAUAUAUGCAUGAGGGAAUAAAAGAGGCUUCAGUUCAGAUACAGACGCAAUCGACCAAAUCCUCCAGCAUCAUCCUGGCUCUGACGGAUGGGAAGCUUGCAGUUUACGUUCAUGAGCUCACAGUGAAAGAGGCUGAAGAGGCAAGGAAGUAUGGCGCUCGUGUUUACUGUGUGGGUAUUAAGGACUUUGACGAGCAGCAGCUUGCUGAUAUUGCGGACACCAAGGACCAAGUGUUUCCUGUCAAAGAUGGCUUCCACGCACUCAAAGGCAUUGUCAAUUCUAUAUUAAAGCGAUCGUGUACAGAGAUCCUUAGUGUGGAGCCCUCCAGUGUCUGUGUGAAUGAGUCCUUCGACAUCGUCCUCAGAGGAAACGGCUUCACUCUGGGCCGCAGCAAUGAAGGCGUCGUCUGCAGCUUCAUAGUGGACAAGCAAACCUUCAAUCAUAAGCCGAGCACCGUCCGUAAUGAUUAUCUUCUGUGUCCUGCCCCGAAGCUCUAUGAAGUCGGACAGACCAUGGAUGUUCUCAUCAGCCUGAACAACGGCAAGUCCUUUAUCUCCAGUGCCUACACCAUCACUGCCUCCACAUGUUCAAAUGGCUUGGUGGUGGCUAUAGUCUUCCUGGUGCUGCUGAUCCUCUUAGCUCUGGCCCUCAUGUGGUGGUUCUGGCCUCUUUGCUGCACAGUGGUCAUCAAAGACCCGCCACCGCCUCCUCCUCCUUCCCGUCCUCCGCCACCUGAGCCAGAGCCUCUGCCCAAGAAAAAGUGGCCAACUGUGGACGCCUCCUACUACGGAGGAAGAGGAGCUGGAGGAAUCAAACGCAUGGAGGUGCGCUGGGGUGAGAAAGGCUCGACAGAGGAGGGGGCCAGGCUGGAGAAAGCCAAGAAUGCUGUAGUCUCAAUACCAGAGGAGGACCCAGAAGAGCCAAUGAUCAAACGUCCCCCCUCGAAGCCUGCCCCCACCUACCAUCAAAAUGAGAACAAAUGGUACACUCCCAUCAAGGGUCGUCUCGAUGCUUUGUGGGCUCUGCUCAGGCGACAGUAUGACCGAGUUUCCCUCAUGCGACCCACAUCUGCAGACAAAGGUCGGUGUAUGAAUUUCAGCCGUGUGCAGCAUCAGUAAGACAACUUAAGUGAAAACCAUCAUGUGCUCAUCGCUGUGGACAACAGAAGACUUUCUUUCCUUUUGUUUUUGUGAAGACUUGUAAUCCUGUAGCAAAAACCACUAUCUGUUCACUACGCCCUUCUUUGUGCACAAAGUUUCUCAUCAGAUUCUCUGCUUUCACACCAGUAGAAGCACACAAGGUGAAAUGUUAAUAUUAACUUUUAUUCAUUAAGUUAUUUACAGCCUCUCUCCACGAUCAUUUUUGUAAAGAAAAGAAAAGAAAAAAAAAUAAAUAAAAAAGUCGAGCAGAAGCACUAGACGCCCCAGAACUUAGCACUCAGAGUCGGUUAGCUUUUCAUGCGCACCAAAGGCUUAACAUAUUCUGACCAUAUUGUGCCUUCUGUGGAAAACCUAAUUUCAUGGACACAGACGGAAGCUAUCUCAAAAAAAAAAAAAAGAGAAAGAGAGGGGCUGUUUGCCUUUGGCGUAGAA